AAAAAAAAAAAGCUGUUCUGCUUUAAGCCACUACUGUCCCGACCGCUUGGUCGAUGUCAACUGAAAAGUUGAUUAUGGUCGUAAAUGCAGCAAAAAAGAGGAUAUGAAACUGGGAGCUGCGAGUCAGACUGCGCCUCCUCGGCUGUGCGCCCUGGACGCCCACACUGACAACAACCCAGACCUGUAUAGGAGGAGCUGCCGUUCAAACUCAGACUUCCCUGUCAAGUUUGUGGGUGUGAUGAGGACGUGAAGGUGCAAGCCUCCAGACAUUAGACCAAACUCUCUCUCUCUCUCUCGCUUAUGAGUUCUUGUUUUUCCCUGGUUUUUUUAAAAAAAAUGGAGGUAUGAUGCCGUGCGUAAAAGUGAACGGACGGUGGACACAAUGGAUUCGUUGUUCAGCAAUGAAGAAGACGCGUUGAUGGAAAGUGUCUGUCCUUGGGAACCGAGAGGAGAAUGUCUGCUGUGAACGAGUCGCUCGCAGGAAUGAACGCCACGGCGGAAGAGACGCCUUCUCGUUCGCUCACCAUCCCGGCGAUCAUGUUUGUAAUCGGGGUGAUCGGGAAUGUCAUCGCCAUCGUAGUCCUGCGCCUGUCGCGGAAGGAGCAGAAGGAAACGACCUUCUAUACUCUGGUGUGCGGGCUGGCGGUGACAGACCUCCUGGGCACCCUGCUGGCCAGCCCCGUCACCCUCUUCAUCUACGUGAACAACAACUCGCUGGAGGGAAAGCUGUGCCAGUACUCGGGCUUCAUCCUGCUCUACUUCUUCUUGGUGCAACUCAGCAUCGUGUUCACCAUGUCCGUGGAAAGGUUCCUGGCAAUAAAUCAUGCCUACUUUUACAACGAGUUCGUCAACCAGAGACUGGCCGCGCUGACGCUCUUCGCCGUGUACGUGUCGUGCCUCGUGUUCUGCGCGCUCCCCGUCGCCGGGAUCGGGGAGGUGAAGGUCCAGGAGCCGAAGUCGUGGUGCUUCAUCGACUGGCAGAGCAACAAGACCACGGUGAGAACUUUCAACCUGAUCUACGCGGGAGUGAACUCGGUGAUUGUGCUGGCCACGGUCUUCUGCAACGUGAUGGUGUGCGGGGCGCUGAUCCUGAUGCACAGGCGCUUCAUCCGCCGCACCUCGCUGGGCACGGACCCGCGGCGCAUCGCGGAGCUGCGACGCCGGCGGAACUUCAGGCGCUUAGCCGGAGUGGAGAUUCAGAUGGUGGUUGUGCUCAUCGGAACCUCCGCCGUGGUCCUCAUCUGCUCGAUACCUUUAGUUCUGAGGAUCUUCGAAAACCAGCUGUUCUCAAACCAAACGUCGCAGACCUCUGGGCUGAACAAGGACCUCAUAGCCAUCCGCAUGGCCUCCGUGAACCCCAUCCUGGACCCUUGGUUCUACAUUCUCCUGAAAAAGACGGUGGUUCUCAAAGUCCUGGAGAAGAUCAAGUGCCUGUUCUGCAAAAUGGGCGGACGGGGACGGCGGGGAGGAGGACGCUUUCGUUGUGCGGACGGCGCCCUCUCCUCCUCCAUCAUCUCGCGGGACUCCCCUUCACUGAUAUCCCGUGAGCCGGGAGAAAGAGUCAGCACCCUACGGACCGUCCUGUACCCGAGUGACGGGAAUGCGCUGGGGCUGGCCUCGUUUAAGCCCGGGUCCGAGGACGGCUCCUGUCCGGCGGCUGCACAGACGUUGCAGCGUACGCAGGAGGAGCCGCAGCCUCAGACGGGGCUAGAGGACGACGAGGCAUGUACUGCGCCUAGUGACCUUCCAAUCUGUCCCAAGGACACGGCUCUGCACGUGACCCUCGCAGACAAUACUGCAAACACGCAGGAAAAAUGCAUAUAACCUUCGUCAUGACCUCGGUGUAUUAUCAACGUAUUACUCCUCAGUAUUGACUCCUCCGCCGCAAUUUAUUCAAAUCACCGCAGUUGUAACGUACAAAUCCACGGACGUCACCGAGGAGCUCUUCUGUUGCACUUUGAAGACUUUCGAACCACUGCUCAGCCAUCAUGAAUGACAGGCAAUGACUGUAUAGCAUCAAUGUUAAAAAUGUGAACAGCGUGUUAAAUUAUUUAAAGUAUGAAAAUGUAUGCUAAUGUCUUCUCUGUGAGAAGGUUUCAAUACUUCUGUGUCAUUUUGCAUUUCCAAAAGAUGAAUACGCUUAUAGUGUGUUUGGAUUUUUUUUUUUUUUUGUUUUAUGUCUUGACACUUGCAAACAGGUUGUAUUAUUUCAAAGUGCAUCCCUGACAUUGCCAGAUAUAUAGUAUUUUCUCUGCAUUUCAUACCAAAAGGCAGCUAUACUGUGGUUUCUUUUCCAUGGUAAAUACACUAGAAGAUGACUAAAAAAAGACCUUAAUGUGACAAUUAUUUUAUAACAUUAUUCAUUUGCUUAUUGUAGCGCAGUACUUUGAAAGAGUCCUAUCUUAUUUCGGCUUAGCGUAAAGUGCAGGGCGUCCCGUCUAAUUUGACUGAGUGCUGAUGUUAAGAAAGGGGAUUAAAAAACACAAGACAUCCAGUAUCCUGACAGGUAACAUUGUUUUUGAACACUAUUCUCUUUGUGCUGCUAAAAACAUUAUUUUGAUAAAGGUCCAGAUGCACCUGUUUUUCAUUGAACAAACGUCAUAAUGUGCUGAACUCCUCAAAUGAAAAUAAAAAAAGAAUUGAAUUCUUAAGAAUGUUGCUUUAAUCGCAUUAUUCACAACAAAAAAAAAAAAAAAAACUGGAGCAACAAGAAGAACUAUCCCUUUUUUUCCCCUUUGCUGAAGAUAAAGAAUAAUCCAGAAGAAAUGUAUUUACAUUAAUCUCAUCCGUCUCACAUUAGUGGUAAACUCAUCCUAUCCAGUCCAGUGAGCAAUCGCUGAUAUCUUCACAGAAUAUAGAUAGAGGUUAACGUCCGCAGGAUUUUUCCUACUCAGAUUACUUAGAAAUGCAAUCGGCUGUGCUGGUUAUCAGUUUAAAGGGUGUUGGAUACAAAUGUUCAGCAAACUCCUCAAUAAGAAUAACAGCUGAAACCAGAUGUUCACAGACACCCCAAAAAAAGACACAGCCAUUUUUCUGACUGUUCCGUUGGGAUUUACCAAAGUAGCUUGUGGUUGCGAAAUACCAAAAAAAAAAAAAAAAUAGAGAGAUUCUUUAAUAUUUUUAUUACUUUCCUCAAAGUCAGAAGUUCAUGAACACCGAGCUUAAUACGACUUUAAAAAAUUAGUAAACCCUCAUGAAGAAGAGUGUUAUUGUUCACAGUGAAAGGCCACUCAGACAGAAAGAAGCCAUUACUCAUGAAAAAUACCAUUUGCAAAUGGAUUCAGUGACUAAGGCCUUCAUUUCUGGAGACAUGUCCCAUGGUAGAUUGAACUAUUGGGCAAUAAAAACCUUUGACACAGUUAAGUUAUUAAUAACUGAGGUGCGUCUGUUAUGGUCCGCCCUUUAUAAAUGAUGAUUACUCCAGCAUAUUUCCAUACUGAUGGGGUUUCUAAAGAUAAAUUAAACAAAUCAGACAAUGGAAAUGAUUUCACCACACUGCAGCCACCUGCUGAACCUCAGCUGGUGUGAUUUAUUUCGGACAUGAGAAAACGACAGAAACAGACAUAAAUAUACAACUAAACAAACAAAAGUAAAGCAAGGCAACACUCAAAAUAGUCCAGCAACAACAAAAACAGAAUAACAUGUUCGAAAGGGACUAGGAAGAAGAAUAUACUUGUCAUUUUUCCUACUCAUUGCCCUUAAAUAAACAAUCAAAUCCCCCUCAGAAUGUUUUAUAUAUAGUAUUUGCAUAUUUUCUUAUACGUAUCGCAAAUGAGGGAACAAAUGAUCUGUGAAAACACCUGGUGAUGGACAAAGCCCCUCAUUCCUGUACUCUGUGAAAACUACUGUCUCUUCAACUACAAUGAACUCUGCUUGAGAUCUACAGCCAACCACUUCCAAAAAUAAUUUCUGGAUAUUUCCAGGAAGGAGCUUUCUUAUGACUUGGUACAUAAAUUGUGCUGUUUGAGAAUGAACCAGGACAGGAAAAUUUAAUGUUUUUGAUUUUUGAAAAAAAGUUGACUUUAUAUGUUCUUUGUAGCUGGUGUUAUUAUCUGGUAUGUCUCCUUUUUUUUGUGUAAUAUUGAUCCAGUGAUCGAGUUGCAAAAGUAUCGCCGCAAAAACCUCUCCACAGCAAAUGAAAUACCAGUAAAACCAGUGAA